UAAGUGACGCAUGCGUGGAGGAUAUGCGCUUUGCAGCAAAGUCCUCCUUUACUCCACACACGCUUCUAAGCCUCGCUACUAACUACACUUUAUUCAUCCUCCGUGUCAGGAUAAACUCCACUCGUCUCACUCAACUUUGGACAUUAUUAGGCCCGCUUAGCUUGCUACUUGUUUUAGCGCGCUAGUAAGCUUAGCGUGCUAGUUAGUUUAGCGUGCUCGUUAGCUUAGCAUGCUAGUUAGCUUAGCUUGUUAGCUGCUAACAAAGAGAGGCGGAUUUGAUCAACACAUCGCUUAGUUAAGAUCAAGUGUGAGUGUAAAGUGUUGUGAUUGUGUGAAAAUGUGUGAAAGAACGAUAGCAGAGUACAAAGAGGAACUUUCUCGGACAAAAGAAGAGAACAAAAGACUACGUCAACUACUGGACGCUGUUUUUAAGAAACCUCAAGUUGUGUUACACAGAACAGAGCCGUGUCACGUGACUUCAAACUUGACACCUCAUUGGCUGCUUCUGAGACAGGCUCCAUGCUUUUACUCUUUUAACGGAAACGUCUGUGAAAAAUAUGGUCCACCUGAGCAGCAAGAGGGGUCCUCCAGUAUGGAGCAGAAGAGCUCACAGCACCUCCACGUGAAAGAAGAGGAGCCACAGCCCCCCCACUUCAUAGAGGAAGACAAGAGACACCUCAUCAGUGUGAAGAGUGAAGAUGAUGAGGUCAAAGGUGAGAGUGAGGAGAAGAGAAGCAGCAGCUCAACACAACACAUGACAACAGAAGCUGAUGGAGACCACUGUGGAGGAUCACAAGCAGACAAGAUCUUAGCUCCACUAUCAGAUAGUGAGGACACAACGUCACACUCUCCUGACACUGAUGAUGAACACUCUAAACAUGAUAAGACAUGUCACACUGACAACACUCACUUCACAUGUUCUCUCUGUCACAAAACUUUUAAAUACCAUUGUCAUCUGAAAAGACACAUGAGAACACACACUGGUGAAAAACCUUUUUCCUGUUCAAUCUGUGGUAAAGGUUUUGCACAAAGUUCACAUGUGGAACCACACAGAAGAACACACACUGGAGAAAAACCCUUUUUAUGUUCAAUCUGCGGUAAAGAUUUUACUCACAAGUACAAUUUCAAAGCACACAUGAGAAUACACACUGGAGAAAAACCUUUUUCCUGCUCAGAAUGUGGUAAAAGUUUUGGAAAAAAUCAAAGUUUAAAAGCCCACAUGAGAACACACACUGGAGAAAAACCUUUUUGCUGCUCAGAAUGUGGUAAAAGUUUUGUAACAAAUAAAAGUUUAAAAGAACACAUGAGAACACACACUGGUGAAAAACCUUUUUCAUGUUCAAUCUGUGGUAAAGAUUUUACUCAAAGGCACCAUUUCAAAGCACACAUGAGAAUACACACUGGAGAAAAACCUUUUCCCUGCUCAGAAUGUGGUAAAAGUUUUCUAAUAAAUCAAAGUUUAAAAGUACACAUGAGAACACACACUGGUGAAAAACCUUUUUUAUGUUCAAUCUGUGGUAAAGAUUUUACUCAAAGGCACAAUUUCAAAGCACACAUGACAAUACACACUACAGAAAAACCUUUUUCCUGCUCAGAAUGUGGUAAAAGUUUUGGAAAAAAUCAAAGUUUAAAAAUACACAUGAGAACACACACUGGAGAAAAACCUUUUUCCUGCUCAGAAUGUGGUAAAAGUUUUGGAAAAAAUCAAAGUUUAAAAAUACACAUGAGAACACACACUGGUGAAAAACCUUUUUCAUGUUCAAUCUGCGGUAAAGAUUUUACUCAAAGGCCCCAAUUAAAAUUACACAUGAGAAGGCACUCUGGUGAAGAACCGUACUCCUGUUCAAGCUGCAACAAAAGUUUUUGUUACCUAAACACUCUUAGAGUACACAUGAGAACACACACAGGUGAGAAAGUGUUGAGUUGCAGUGUGUGUGGUGAAAGAUUGUCUUCUAAGUACCAGUGUAAGAAACACAAGUGUGCUGGUGAGAACAGCAGCAGCAAAUGAAGAUGCAGGAUUUGAAAUAAACUUUAACUUUGACUUUCUAACAACAUCAGCACAUAUAACAUGUGUAACAUCAUUGUUGUGUGUGUAACACAAUCUUGUUAAUAUGAUUCUAACAUUUAUAGAUGAGACACUUCAGAUUAGUGCUUUUAUUUCAGUCAAGUACAUGAGUUAAUAUACACAUUUGUGUACUUUAAAAUGAACAGAACAAUUGGACUGAAAAGGUGACAAUAAACACUACAUCAACUAUGUUACAUACAAUAAUCAUUUUCUGUGUAGAUAUUCAUAAUUCACUUUUAUAUUUAUAUAUGUUUUUUGAAAUAAUGAAGUGUUACAUAUUUUAUUUUCUAAUUGUAGAUGAUUCCAUAGAUGAACUCCUUUAUAUGAUAUACAUAUUUGUUUUACAUGUGUUCAUACCUUUGCUUUUGAGUACACAUAAAUCCCUCUUAGUUCAUAUUUACUGGUUCACAUCUGAAACAUCUUCUGGACCACUUCUGGAAGCAUAUUAUUAUUUACUUUAUACAUCAUUUGAGCAGUUGUCUUUUAUACAAGUUUAAAAUGUGUGACUUUAUGAAUCAUUAGUUGGGUCUCUAUAAUCCAUUCUAUUAAUUGUCUUUAUUACUCUCUUGUGUAAUAUGAAUAUUGUUGUGUGAUUGUUUUAUAUGUAU